UAAAACUCUCGUUUGCAUUUGGAACUCGCAAUAAAAACCCCCCUCUCUCCUCACUACGCAUUCAGACGCAGGCGCCACUCCGCCCGCACGCAACCUGUUCGACCUCGUGCUCACACUCUGCAGCUGCUAAGCUUGGUAGCUCGCCAUGGCCAUGGCGAAGGAGCUCCAAGAAACCUCCUCGUCUUCGUCCUCCUCGGCUGCCUCCACGUCCUCCUGCUCCUCCGCCGUCACGGACGCGUGGUCGUCGCCGGCCAGACCCAAUGCUGUGGCCGGGGGGAAGAGGAAGAAGGAGGUGGUAGGAGAGGCUGAUGAGGCUGCAGGCGGCGGCGCAGGAGAGGAGGAAGAGGAGGAGGCGGAGGCGGCGGCGGCGGGGAAGUCGUCGGCGGCGACGAAGAAGAGGAAGCGGAGCAGCGACGGGAAGCACCCGGUGUACCGCGGCGUGCGGAUGCGGGCGUGGGGGAAGUGGGUGUCGGAGAUCCGCGAGCCGCGGAAGAAGUCGCGCAUCUGGCUCGGCACGUUCCCCACCGCCGACAUGGCCGCGCGCGCCCACGACGUCGCCGCGCUCGCCAUCAAGGGCCGCGCCGCGCACCUCAACUUCCCGGACCUCGCCGGCGUCCUCCCGCGCGCCGCCUCCGCCUCGCCCAAGGACGUCCAGGCCGCCGCCGCAUUGGCCGCCGCGUUCACCACGUCCCCGUCCUCGUCGCCCUCCUCCUCCUUGUCGGCCGACGACGUCGCGCCAUGCGUCGUCCACGCCGACGCCGACGAGCAGCCUGCCGCUGCCGCCAAGAACGACGACGACGACGGCUCAACCACCGCGCCGGUGGCGGCGGCGGCGGCGGCGGCGGCGGCGGAUGAGCAGCAGCUGUUCGACCUGCCGGACUUGCUGUUCGACAUCCAGGACGGGCCGUUCGGGUUCCCGGCGAUGUGGGCGCCGCUCGCCGACGUCGACGAGGUCAAUGCGGAGCUCCGGCUUGAGGAGCCAUUGCUUUGGGACUUGGGAGUAACAGAUGCUUAAUCCCAAGGACUAAAUUGCAAUACACCACUAGGAUUAAUUACCACUUUUUAUUUCUUCUUUUUUUCUCUCUCUUAUCUUUUUUUUCCUUUUCUUCUGUAGUUUAUUACCUUUGGAAAAGCAGUAUUUCUUUCCUCCUUUUCCCUUUUCUAUUUACUUAAUAAGGGGUAAUAUAAUAUCUAAUAUAUAUAUAUAUAUAUACAAAUACUACUGAGGAAAAAAAAGGCUAUAUAUGUAGUACUAUCUGCAGUAACUUAAUUAUAGUUAUUGCUACAUAGUUAUGUGUGAAUUCUGCUACUAGUUGACCUUGCUAGAAUUUAGGUGAUGUAUACUGUGUACUCCAUGUUCUGUACUGAGUUCCCAAUGAAAAAAAAAGGUUAAUCAGUGUGUAAUGCAAUGAGAAAUCGAGAAUUGAGCUGAAAUAAAAAUUCCCAGGAAGCUGGUCCAGCUAGGAUGUUACUGGCUCGCUCCUGCUGACUUUGGUAAUAUUAAAA